AGGCUUGGGACGCCGACGUUGUCGGCUACACCACGCCGCUCACUACCGAGGCGGGCGCCUGCUCGGUGAGGCUCGCGGUCCGGGCGGAGGAGGCGCUCGGGGUGGAGCCGGGCAACUACGCCGCGGCGCUGCAGGCCGAGGGCUCCAGCGGCUGGCUGCCGGGGCUCGCAAACACGUGCCACGGCGUGGACGGCGGUGCGCUGGGCUUGGAGGUGGUGGUCCUGGCGCGGCCCGACGCGCGGAUGUCGUCGCUGAUGUACUUGCCGGAGGAGUCCUUGCGGGGCCUCCUCCCCCGCCGGCCAGCGGCGGCGCGGGUGCGGUUGUUGCGGCCGCUGCUGAUGAAGCAGCUCGCGGACUGCCCAGGCGGGUGGACCCGAAGCCGACGGCGCCCGCCACGGUCUGGUCGCGGCCGUGCGGCGCGCGCCGCGGCGGCGGGCGGGGGCCCCCAGCCUGUGCCGCCCCGCUGCCGGUUCUCGAGGAAAUUGGGCUCGACCUCGCGGGUUGCACGCUUGGGGGCGCCAACCGCGUUCGCCCAAAGACUUCGACCUCCUGCUGCUGCAGGUCUGCACGCACGUGAAGGCUGAAUCUCAGCUCGUGCUUCAAGAGUGAUC